UCUUCGUACGCAUCAUGAACGAUAAAAUUUACGUGCGCAGCAGUCGGCAGUAGUCACAAUAACGCUGUAAUCGUUACAUUAAGGUUUUAAUUGUCACAUUCUUCACUGGACAAUGAUGUCGAAACAACGGAAGAAAUGGCGUUGGCGGCACAUUUUGGAUUCCUCAUGUGGCGAAGAAGAAUUAUCGCCAUUGGUUCACCACCCCACUUGCGGCUUAUCAAAGCAGUUGAAAAACGGAUCGGCAUGGAGUAGCUACCCGGGUCACCGAGACCCUUGGAAGGGAAAAGGGCAAAAGCGUCCCCUUCCUACGCCCUUCUGCCGCCGCGACGCACGACGACAUUGGAUUGUCGUCGUACCGCAGCGACGUCUGCGUCAUUAUUAUUAUUAUAGCCGCAAGGCUGACGUUUUUCCUCUUGGACUUGUAAAUAAAAGGCCUCAAAGUGUACGGCGCCGUGGAGAAGACGUUUCACCCGUUCGAGCUGAGCAGCAGGCUUUCCCGCGUGUUCCCCGGAACACUGCCCGGUAUACAAGGUACGUACUUGCAGUAAACAGAGGAUUGUAUACAACCGCGUCGCACUAAGCCCAUAGCUACUAAACCGCGCGCAUACUACCUAUAAAUGGGCGGGCUGCUAUAAAGUCCAUUCAUGAUCGCGUCGCCUGUACAACAAACGUCGGGUGGCUCGCGCCUCCCGCGCGAUUUAUUACACUCGUAUUCAAGCGCGAGUUGUGUUUCCUACUUAGUACACGUGUACCGACACGAUCGCGACUCGAAAUCGUCCUAUUGUCUGGUUCGCCGCUGACAGACCAAUCGACCCCAUUUUCGUCCGAGCGUCAUAUUAAAUUCCAUUCACUAUAUAUAUAAUCAGGUAUACUUACGUGACAUCACCUGAAAUCUUAUUCGCUAGACAUAUUUUCUUAGAGAUAUUCUUGAUAAACACGUAUGGAUAUUAUAAAAAAAGACAACGUUAUUUAAAAAAUCUUUUUGUUUAAAUACAAUAAAA